UUAACUUUAGCAUCUAAACCUGGCUUCUAGUGAGGAGUUGUGACUUAUAACUGAACGGUUUGAACUGACGUUUUUUCGUUUGUUUGUAAGGAAUGAAAAACCUCGUGUUCAGCAACAAAUAACUUACUGAUGAACCGUGCCUGACCGUCUGUACAGUUAGCCUCCUGCCGUUCACCGUCGACAUGAACUCGUAUCACGUUUUGGAGCUAGCUGGAGAGGGCUCCUUUGGUCGUGUUUACAAGGGGAGGAAAAGAUAUACAGGCCAGGUGGUGGCUCUGAAGUUCAUGCCAAAGUUGGGUCGCUCUGAGAAGGAGCUACGCAGUCUCAAAAGAGAGAUUGAGAUUAUGAGAGGACUUGAACAUCCAAAUAUCGUUCAACUCUUUGACAGCUUUGAGACGCAAACUGAGGUUGUGGUUGUAACUGAGUAUGCAGAGGGUCAGUUGUUCCAGAUUCUUGAGGAUGAUGGGAAAUUACCAGAGAGCCAGGUCCGUGAGAUCGCCUGCCAGCUGGUCUCCGCUCUGUAUUAUUUACACUCCCAUCGCAUUCUCCACCGUGACAUGAAACCACAAAAUAUUCUGCUGGGGAAAACUGGAGUGGUGAAACUCUGUGACUUUGGGUUUGCAAGGGCCAUGAGCGUCUCCACCUUGGUGCUGACUUCUAUCAAGGGAACUCCGCUGUACAUGUCUCCUGAGCUGGUGGAGGAGAAGCCCUAUGACCACACUGCUGACCUCUGGUCUCUGGGCUGCAUCCUGUAUGAACUCCACACGGGGGCGCCUCCGUUCUUCACUAACUCCAUCUUCCACCUGGUGCAGCUUAUAGUGAGAGACCCGGUCAAAUGGCCAGACUCGAUGAGCGUCACCUGCACGAGUUUCCUGAAAGGUUUGUUGACCAAAGACCCUCAGAAGCGGUUGUCAUGGCCAGACCUCCUGCACCAUCCCUUUGUUGCUGAUGAUGUUUUAGUGCUGUCAGACACAGGCGUUUUCAGCCCUCUGACCGUCACGCCCAGCCCAGACAUGCUGGCCCUGAAACUCCAGCAAGUGGCAGAAAAGACGGUACCCAUUCUCGGAGAGAGCAGACUGUUGCGCCGGGCCCAGGAACAGAUGUACAAAAGUCACAGACGGAAGGCAGCAGGCGGGGAGAGUGCUAAAACAAAGAUGACCGCUGCCAAUCAAAGCUUCAACCCAGGGAAUCAACUCUGCAUGAGGUCAAAACACAGGGGUCAGAUCAGCAGGGACUAUGAACAGGAAUUCCCCUCUGUAGAGGUCGGGGACAGUCGGACCAUACUGCACAGGCAGGAUGUUGACAGUGAGGACUAUUGGGAGGAACUGGCACAAGAAACAGACCCAAGCAGGCAGCCGACAGAAAUGCUGAACUACAGUGACAUUAAACUUCAACUCAGAUCCAAGCUCAUGGAGUUUAACGCUCAUAUAACAGCUGGCGUGGUUAAAGAAGCGUGGCAGAUUCACCUCCCGCUGAAGGUCCUACGCAACCUGAUUUUGACAUUUGAACUGGAGGAGUUGUCCAACAUUGGUCAGGAACUCGGUUUACCGCACAUCCUCUUUGAGCUAAUCCAUGAAGCUGUAGAAAACACCCAUUUCUUAAAGCAAACAUGGAGUGUGCCAGCGUGUGGAGAAAUGAUUAUUAUGAUCAUGAUCUACUGGGAGAAGCACUGCGACUGGGCGGAAGAAGAGCACAGACUGGAACACCUCACCAAGCCUUUGAUCACAAUUCUCAAUCAACCAAACCUCCUUCCUUUGGCAGCUCCGGCUGCCUCUGUUUUGUCUCUGUUUACGCAACACGAAGUCCAUGUCAAAGUUGAGAUGGAUAACCUGACCUGUCUGCUGAGAAAUCUGCUUUUGAACUCAUAUGAGCUCCAUCUUCCUCUUCCGUCCGGCUGGGGACUCUGUGAUGGCUUCCUGUCUUUACUCUUGGAUACACUCACUGAGCAUGGAAAUGGCUCUGGGCCUUCAUGUUUGGAUCCAGUUCUGUUUCUGGAUUUAUGGAAAAAGAUUGGAACCUCACUAACUAAGACAACUCCAGACACAGGGUUCUGUUCAACACAUGGGCUGCAUUCCUUUCUUUCUAUCGCGCUGUUUGUCUUCACCAAGGAUCCAUACUCAUGCAUCCCUCUGUUUUCUGAGUGUGAGUCAAAAUGUGUGUACACCCUUGGUCUGCUGCUGGGUACUGACAGUCUUCAUUUGUCUGCUGAAGGCAACCCUGAGAGACAUGACGACAGCCUGUCGGUGUUGAGCUGCCACUUGUUGUGCUUUCCGUUCGCCCUGGACCUGCCUCCACACACCAUGGCCACAAUCUUACAGUUGUAUGACAGUUGUGGUAUUGUUGAAAGCCUCCUGCAGGUAAUUCAAUCUCUUCCUGAUCCGCUAUUAGAGCUGCCUCUGUCCCUGCUGAGCCGUUUGCUCCUGUGUGACCCCGAGCGCUCUGCUUCCCGCCUCGGAAAAUCUGCUUGUGGUUUAUUCGCACCACCCAGGGACAGCCGGCUCUCCGCAUCCAAAUGCCAGACUCCGCUGAGCAGAACCGCCAGCUCUCUGCUCUCUGACUUGCUGCAGCUGGAUGUGCUGUGGGAUUCUGCCGUGGAGCUUCUAACUCUGUUGUCUCUCGUGGCCCGUAUUUCCCCUUGUCCCGCCCGCCUUCAGCCUCACCUGGAAGCCUCGGCCCUGCACCAAGCGCUGACUCACUCUUACGACCGGAUCAGGGCUGCUGCUUGUAAACUUAUAGGAAGCAUGGAUCCAUUCAGGCCUCCUACACUGAAACCUGAUAUUUUCAAAAGCAUGAUAAACUGUCUUCAUGAUUCUUGCAUACCUGUCCGGAGAAUGGCGUGCUGGGCAGUGGGGAGCUGGUUGGGGCAUAUUGCAGAGGGGGCAGGGUUUAAAGAGUCCAAUAGAAAGGGCAGUGACACUUCAGGGAGGGGCAAAGAGAAGAAACAAAAUAAACACAAGUUCAAACUCAGUAAGGGACAUUUGGGUACUAUAGCAGAACAGGGAGUGGACGAUGAGGAGGGCUGCAUGUGGAUAGAGGAAGCAGGGAGGACCGCGGCCCUGUUGGCGUCUCUGAUCACUGACCCCGAUGCCCUCACACGGCGGCACUGUUGUGCAGCCCUGGGAAACCUGGUAAACGUUGACAGCGCUGUUUCCUCGCUGUCAGAUAAAGACAUGUCCAGCUUACUUCUGAGGGCCGCAUGCAUGGAUUCCCAUAAUGCAGUGAGGCAAGCUGCCAUUGCAACCCUGUGCCUGUACAGCGAGCAGGAAUCACUACGUCAGGUCCUUAGAUCCCUGGAUGCCAGAAAGAAACUUGUUCAGGCUUCACAACAUGCACCUCCACAAUGUGAUUAUCAGCAGCUCAUCAGACAGCUGGAAGUGAGUCCAGUAUAGGAAUAACGGCAGACUUAAAUGCCACAUGUAAAUAAAUAUUCUCCUUCCUGACUUUACAAUACUUAAUCCUCCUGUCUUAAGCAGUGUGUCUUACAGGACUACAGAGCUGUUUUCUAAAGGAUUUUCUUCAUUCUAGGAUUUUGUGAACUUGAUACAAACAAUCGAAAUGGAAGAAUUAAAAAACAAACUUCUAUAAAUUGAGAUCUUUGUUGGCACAGCUGAAAUUGUGUUCAAAUAAAACAAAAGUUUAUUUUCUGA